UCAUCCUUGAAAUAUUUAAAAGUUUGAUAUCAAACGUAACGAUAAAGAUAUGUGUUGAACUAUCAGACGGGUUAUUUAAUGAACUAAGCAGUAGACGUUGACACAAAAAAUAACCAUGGCACAAUUUGUUGGGAAAUGGAAAACUAUCAAUUCAACAAGGAAAAACUAUGAGGAAUACUGUUCAAGUUCAGGUAUUCCGAAAGAUCUAAUAGACAAGUACAGAGACGUAGUAACAGUUAUGGACAUGAAACAGGAUGGAGACAAAUGGUUAAUCACCUAUGACACUGGUCUAGGACCUCCACAGUCUUUCACAUUUAUAUUGGGACAAGAAUUAGUAACAAAAGAUCUUGAAGGCAAAGGUGUAAAGGCUACAGCAACUCUAAGUGAGGAUGGCAUAUGGACUGACAAAACAAGUCAUGAAAUAAUGGGAUAUAAAGAAACAAUCACCACAAAACGAGUUGAAGGAAAUAAAAUGAUUGCUUCAACAACAUGUGGUGGAGUGUCUAUGACCUAUGAACUUGAGAAACAGUAACUGAUAAUCUGCAAUAAAACAGUAGUGCCAAAGAUUUAGAAACAUGCUUCUCGUUUUAUUCACUUUUUAUGUAAAAUAGUUUCUUACACGGAUGAAGGAAUAAAUGACAAACCAAUGCUUAACGCUGCUUAAUUUCCUACUAGAUGUGACCAAUAUGUUUUUGUUUGGGUCGUUGAUUUUGAAAUAAUAAUACACGUUACCAACAUCAGCUUUAUAUAGAAUAAUAAAAUAGACGACUAUAACCGUAUUGUGAAGUGUUAUGCUGUAUUCACACACAAUCAUUACAACGUAAUGGAAAUGUAUUGCAGAAGAUUAUUGCACUCCAAACUUUUAAAGAGAACUAUACUAAUAGCUACUCGUGCCUUCGUUCAUUGACCUCUCGUCAACGGUUUCCUACCAGCGUUAGAAACAAUAUCACAUUUCAAUUUAUUAAAAUAAACAAUUAUAAAAAGCUU